CGACCCUCUCGGCUUUCCCGCGCCACCUCCUCCUGCGCCUCCUCCUCCUCCUCGCCUGCGCCGCCGGCUUCCUCCUCCUCCUCCUCUCAGCGCCUCCAGUCAGCUCACUCGCCGGCCGGCUCCGUGAUGGCGACUCGCAGUCCCAGCGUGGUGAUUAGUGAUGAUGAGCCAGGUUAUGACCUAGAUUUAUUUUGCAUACCUAAUCAUUAUGCCGAGGACUUGGAGAGGGUGUUCAUUCCUCAUGGACUGAUUAUGGACAGGACUGAAAGGCUUGCUCGAGAUGUGAUGAAAGAGAUGGGAGGCCACCACAUCGUCGCUCUCUGUGUGCUCAAGGGGGGCUAUAAGUUCUUUGCGGAUCUGCUGGAUUACAUUAAAGCGCUGAACAGAAAUAGUGAUAGAUCCAUUCCUAUGACUGUAGACUUUAUCAGACUGAAGAGCUACUACAAUGACCAGUCAACGGGGGACAUAAAAGUAAUCGGUGGAGACGAUCUCUCAACCUUAACUGGAAAGAACGUCUUGAUUGUUGAAGAUAUAAUUGACACUGGCAAAACAAUGCAGACCUUGCUUUCAUUGGUCAAGCAGUAUAAUCCAAAAAUGGUCAAGGUUGCAAGCCUGCUGGUGAAAAGGACCCCUCGAAGUGUUGGAUACAGGCCAGACUUUGUCGGAUUUGAAAUUCCAGACAAGUUUGUUGUAGGAUAUGCCCUCGACUAUAAUGAAUACUUCAGAGAUUUGAAUCAUGUUUGUGUCAUUAGCGAAACUGGAAAAGCAAAAUACAAAGCCUGAAGAUGAAGGUUCAGGCUGAAUUUGGAAAACAUCAGGAGUCUCAUUGACAUCGCCAGUAAAGUGAUCAAAUGUCUGGUUCUGUGGCCAUCUGCUUAUAAAUAGAGCUUUUUGCAUGUACCUUAUGAAAGUUUUUAUCUGUUUUAUAUUUUAGAUAUGUCAUUUGCUGCAUUCCUAAACUCUUUGUUUGCACUAUGAGCCUAUAGACUAUCAGUUCCCUUUGGAAGGAUUGUUAAAUGUUAAACUUGUGAAUGAAAAAAAUUAUCUUAAAUCACACCACUAUGAGAUGAAAAUAUUGAAGUUGUAUCUGUAAGAAACAUUUAAAGAGAAGAUAUAUUAGUUUUUUAAUUGGUAUUUUAAUUUUUAUAUAUUCAGGAAAGAACAAAGGUGAUUGCAUAUUAAUUAUGUCACUGUGUGUUUAGAAAAGAAAAGCAGUAGUCAGUUUCACAUAAAAUAGAGCAUAUAAGAAGGGGUUUUGUUCUGUUGAGUACACCUAGGCCCUGUUAUUAUUUUAUUAGUGUUUCAGUAGCGUUGGCUGUAUUUUCCCAUAUGUUCAGAUUGUUUCCAGUGAAUCUUUGUCAGCAGUUCCUUUUAAAUGCAGUUCAAUAAAUUAAAAAAAUAAAUUA